CUGGAUUCAUUGGACAGCGGAAGCGACGCAGAUGGCUUCGCCGUGGCCAAGAUGCAGCGCGACGCCCGUAAGCGUGAGUUGCGCGAUUUGAGAUUGAAGGAGGAAAAGGAGAAAAAGGAGAUGGAAGAGGGCAUUGAAAAGACUCUCGAGCACGAGAAAAAGAAAGUUUCGGAAAUCGAGGCAGCCAUAAGAGCGCUGCAGAAGUCCACGCCGAAGGAUGCCAAAACACCCAUCAACGUCAAGCCGGGUUUCUACAACCUGUACUCAGUUCGCCACUGCCAGUUGAUGAGACCGGCCAAGAUUCACUACGGAAACUCCCUGAGCUUAUACGAGAAUAUGGGUGAUGGCUCCAAAAACAACAGCAACGAGGGAGACUAUGAGCCCUGGGGCGACAUAGAGUUGGACAAUGGUUCAGUCAGUGAACCCGAGGUUUGUGAGUUCAAGCCUUUCGACAUUCCGAAGUUCUCAGGGAAAGUGAAGCUUCCCACAAACAGACGGGGAGGGGGUGAGACGGUCGAAAUCACUUUCCACAACGAGGAGUACAUUGAGUUGAAACUACACGCCGAUCUCAUCUUUAAGCUUGCGGAUGGUGAAGACCGACUCGAUUUGUCUGAAGGCCACACCGAUGACACGCCAUACUAUCACUUCUUCGGCGCCCAGCGAACCCCAGACAGAGCUAGGGAGGAGCGAGAGGAGUUGCAGCGACAGGAAAUUGAGGCGAGAGCGCGCUAUGAGCGCAACAGAUCCCCCUCGCCAAGAGACACUUGGUUUGAGAACAAUCACUUUAUGGGAGCAUACUACGACCGUAGGUAUGCGGAGUCCUGGUGA